CUGAAGUGCACAACGUUUACCAUCUUGUCGGACGUCGCGCCCGUGUCACCGUGAUAACACCGCGUUACACUAACUGUUUUUGCAUUUUUUAGCUCUCUCUCUUUCUCUCUCUCUCUUAAUACACUUCUAUUUUCCAUAUUUUUCACGUCAUUUUCGGUUUGUCCAAGGACUUCCGCGAUUGUCAUCAAGUUAGUUGUUGUACGUAGGUUUCUACACAUGAUAGUACGUACACAAGCACAACUUCUUUGCGACUAAUAAUUAUUCAUUAUUUAAUAUGCGUUCCGUCGGUGGUCAAUAGUACAAAUCGUGGUAUCGAUACCUAUUUCUCAGACCAGCUAAUGAUCACUGAAGUUCAGUAGUUCAGUUGCUCACUGUUCAGUAGUCCACGACACAGCUGUUCGUGCGGAUGUCGUAAUCGUUCGUUUGAAGGUUUUACACCAUAUCACUACUGAAGUAUUGAACCCCCAUGUAUGUACUCGUGCCGAAACAAAUUGCAAGGAACGGUUUUCAAUUUUUUUUUUAAUCGAUUUCUUUUUUCUCGCGCGUGAACCGAUUCACGAUAACGACACGCUUGCCAUAGCAGCCUAUAACAUACAUAUUUGAUCCGGUGACACCGUCGUCUGACACGAUAUCUACAGUAUCAUCCAUCGCGCGGUUUUCGUCCGAACGCAUAAAGAAUAAUGCAUCGAGCACAGUCAGUUGUAAAUCAAUUAGUUCCUUGUGUGCCAACAAUUGUUGGCAGACAAAAAUUUGCAACAUGGUUAAUUGGACCAAAAUCUAGAUCUCUGAUAAGAGCUACUCAAUCAUUACCCAUUAUAGAGAAUAAGUAUUCAACUAAUGUUAACCAAGAGCAAUUUCUGAAUGGUACUUCAGCUUCUUAUAUUGAGGAUAUGUACAAUGCAUGGUUAGCUGAUCCUAAAAGUGUCAAUGUUUCUUGGGAUACUUUUUUUAAAAACUGUGAUGCUGGAGCUCAGCCAGGUGCAGCAUAUCAAGCACCACCGUCCCUUUCUCCACCAGGUAAAAAUGAGGUAUUGUUGUCUAGUAUAUUACCUGCAGUUCAAAGUACAACAGCUAUUGGUGGAGUAUUUAGUGAAAAAAUGAUAGACGAUCAUUUGGCAGUACAAGCGAUUAUAAGAUCUUAUCAGAUACGAGGACAUCAUAUUGCACGCCUUGAUCCUUUAAAUUUAAGUAAAGUCGACCAAGAUGAUAGACUGCCCCAAGAGAUUUUAUAUGGUUGCUACCCUCCAUUUGGCAAACCGCCCGAUAAUACUACAUAUUCUCAACACCUACAGAAUAAAGUAGCCGAAUUAAUGGAGGAAGCUGAUAUGGAACGUGUAUUUAAGCUACCAUCUACAACAUUUAUUGGUGGCAAAGAAAAUGCAUUACCAUUAAAAGAAAUUUUAAACCGUUUAGAAAAUACUUAUUGUCGUUCAAUUGGUGUUGAAUUCAUGUUUAUUAAUUCAUUAGAACAAUGUAAUUGGAUUAGACAGAGAAUGGAAACACCAGGCAUAAUGGAAAUGGAAAAAGAACAAAAAAGGCUCAUAUUAGCUCGACUAACUCGCGCCACAGGAUUUGAAUCUUUCUUGGCUCGUAAAUGGUCUAGUGAAAAACGGUUUGGCUUAGAAGGAUGUGAAAUCUUAAUACCAGCUAUGAAACAAGUUAUAGAUAAAUCUACUGAAUAUGGUGUAGAAUCAGUAAUUAUGGGUAUGCCUCAUCGUGGAAGAUUAAAUGUUUUAGCAAAUAUUUGUCGUAAACCUUUAAGUCAAAUAUUUACUCAAUUUGCUGCAUUGGAAGCUGAAGAUGAUGGAUCAGGAGAUGUGAAGUAUCAUUUAGGUACCUAUAUAGAACGUUUGAAUCGAGCAACAAACAAGAAUGUACGUUUAGCUGUUGUGGCUAAUCCAUCACAUUUAGAAGCUGUAGAUCCAGUGGUACAAGGAAAAACUAGAGCUGAACAGUUCUAUAGAGGAGAUGGCGAAGGAAAAAAAGUUAUGUCUGUUUUACUUCAUGGAGAUGCAGCAUUUUGUGGUCAAGGUGUUGUGUAUGAAACAUUCCAUUUAUCUGAUCUUCCUGAUUAUACUACCCAUGGAACAAUUCACAUUGUUGUUAAUAAUCAAAUUGGUUUUACCACUGAUCCGCGACAUUCACGAUCCUCACCGUAUUGUACUGAUGUUGCUAGGGUGGUAAAUGCUCCAAUUUUCCAUGUAAACUCUGAUGACCCAGAAGCAGUCAUGCAUGUCUGUAAUAUUGCUGCUGAAUGGAGAAAUGUUUUUCAUAAAGAUGUUGUCAUUGACCUUGUAAGCUAUAGAAGAUAUGGUCAUAAUGAAAUAGAUGAACCCAUGUUCACACAACCUAUUAUGUACAAAGUAAUAAAAAAAACCCCGCCAGUUUUAGAUAAAUAUGCAGAAAAAUUAAUUGAAGAAAAAGUAGUUACAAAAGAAGAAGUUAAGGAUGUUUGGGAUAAAUAUGAUAAAAUUUGCGAAGAAGCUUACUUGGCCUCACGAAAAGAAACAACUAUUAAAUAUAAAGACUGGUUAGAUUCUCCUUGGUCAGGAUUUUUCGAGGGUAAAGAUCCUUUAAAAGCCUCUAAGUCUGGAGUUAAAGAAGAAACAUUAACACAUAUUGGUAAACGAUUUUCGUCACCUCCUCCAAAUGCUGCUGAAUUUGUUAUACAUAGAGGUAUUGAAAGGAUUUUAAAGGCUCGCAUGCAAAUGGUUGAAAAUCGUACAGUUGACUGGGCAUUAGGAGAGGCAAUGGCUUUUGGAUCUCUAUUAAAAGAUGGAGUUCAUGUUCGAUUAAGUGGACAAGAUGUUGAAAGAGGCACGUUUUCUCAUAGACAUCAUGUACUUCAUCACCAACUUGUUGACAAAGCCACAUAUAGACCUCUGUGCAAUUUGUACCCUGAUCAGGCACCAUAUACUGUAUGCAAUAGUUCUUUGUCUGAAUUUGCUGUGUUGGGUUUUGAGUUAGGAUUUUCGAUGACCAAUCCAAAUGCUUUGGUAUGCUGGGAAGCUCAGUUUGGUGACUUCAACAACACUGCUCAAUGUAUAAUUGAUCAAUUUGUUGGUUCUGGACAAGCUAAAUGGGUUAGACAAUCUGGUCUUGUUAUGUUACUGCCCCAUGGUCUUGAAGGAAUGGGACCAGAACAUUCAUCAGCCAGACUUGAAAGAUUUUUGCAAAUGAGUUCUGAUGAUCCAGAUUAUUUUCCUCCAGAAAGCGAUGAAUUUGCUGUACGUCAAUUGCACGAUAUUAAUUGGAUUGUUGCAAAUUGUUCUACACCAGCUAAUUAUUUCCACAUACUUCGCCGUCAAAUUGCCCUACCGUUCCGUAAACCACUGAUUAUAAUGACUCCUAAAUCUUUAUUACGUCAUCCUGAAGCUAAAUCUAGUUUUGAUGAAAUGAAUGAAAAUACAGAGUUUUUGAGAAUAAUCCCAGAAAAGGGUACUGCAGCUGAUAAUUCAAGCAAUGUUAAACGAUUGAUAUUCUGUUCUGGAAGAGUAUACUAUGAUUUAACCAAAGCAAGAGAAGAACAUAAUCUUGUAGAUACUGUAGCUAUUGCUCGAGUUGAACAAAUAUCACCAUUCCCAUUUGAUUUGAUCAAACAAGAAUGUGCCAAGUACCCUAAUGCAGAUAUUGUAUGGUCACAGGAAGAACAUAAAAAUCAAGGACCCUGGCCUUAUGUACAACCAAGGUUUCACACAGUAUUGAACAACACCAAGACUAUUGGGCCAUUUGUUAAAAAUUCUGACGGAUUUUUUUCACGAAUAUUUUCUUCGUGGUCAAAUGACGGUGUUACAAAAACAAGUUUAUCCGACCAGAAAAAUACAACUCGAAGUAUUAGUUAUGCUGGAAGACCAACAGCUGCAUCAUCUGCUACUGGAAGUAAAAUGCAACAUUUAAAAGAGCUUAAAGCACUUCUUGAUCGAUCAUUCGCAGUUUAAAAUCAAUAAAUAAAACUUAAGUUAUUUAAAUAUCAAUAUAUAAUAUCCAAGUAUGUGGUAGAUGUUAUAAAUCAAAUCCUCUGUAUCUUUCAAACAUAAUAUGCCAACACUUAAUGUAUGAUUCAAACUUAUACAUACAUUGUAUUAAAAAUUGUUAAUUUAUUAUUUAAUAAAAAUGUUAUUAGUGUAUAAUUGUAUCAUAGUAUUUGAUUUACAGCUUUAAGUAUAAGUACUUUAUUUUUUAACUUAAAUAUUAUCGAUUUAAAAGCUAUUAUUUGUUUUUAAUUUCUUGAACAGUUUCUUCAUCACACCUAAAGAUUUUAAUAUCUACUAUAGAAUUUGUUUAUUGAAUUCACAAAAUGUUUGCAAACCAAACCAAACUAAAUUAUGUACUUAUAUGAUUAUAUGUGAAAGUAUUUAUAAGAUAGUGAAUAUUUAAAUUGACUACCAAAAAUGUAUUUAGUUAACUGAGUCUUCAGUAUUGUAUGUUAUGUUAUAUUAUUAUGGUAGUCGUAAAUAAUUUAAAUAAUUAAAUGACUUGUACCUACUACAAAAGUAUUCUUUUAAACAAUCACUAAUGUUAUUGAUUAAAUGCACCAAUUACCUACGAUCAACUUGUAUGUAUGUUUAAAGCUAUAAAGUGUUAUUCGUUAAAAUAUAUUUUGGUCCACACUAUAGACUUUUAAUUUA